UCCCAGUCAGCCUUCUCGGCAUCGGAUCGGAGCCAGACGACAUUGGGGCCAAGACGACGGCACGGUAGUCAGUCGCCGUCGGAGUCUCACGCGGUGUGCGCGCCAGUUGUCGGAGUCAGUUGUCAGCCCGGCUUCACAGCGAGCGGACGUGUGCGCGUCUAAUCUACGCUCCGUCUCUUGCUCCGGUUCGCCCGCGAGUUACACAUAUAUAUUAUAUAUAUAAAUACGCUCGCAUUCAUUGUACACACGUUGUAUAUAUACUAUAUAUAUAACGAAAUAUAUAUAUAUACGCGUUCGCCGUCGCGGAGCUCACACAGUGCAACGACGCGGUCGGCCGCGAGUCAGCGCGGAGAGAGUUCAAGUUCACUCGCUCGAGAGGGAGGAAACGGGUCCCCCUCGUCGGACGUCCGCCAGUGGCCAGCAGUCAGUUGUCCGUCCUCUCUUUUCGGGAGUGCUUCACGCGAGUGCCCUUCACGCGCAGACAGAACGCGUACCACUUGAAUUUGAGUACCCGCCCAGUCGCCCGAGAGUGUCUUCGUGGAGAUAUUACGCGCGCGCGGUGUGCAAAGUUCUUUUCCCCUCUCCAGUCGUGUUUUCCGAGAGAUUCGUGUUACGGGGACGACUGUUAUGUCGCUGUGACAGCGCGCCGGAGGUUCGACGAACGGAGCAUCGUCGCCGCCGUGCCGUUCCCGUUUCGACGAUCGCAACCGCGAUAGUCACGCCUUGUGGAAUCACCGCGUUUACGCGGGGGAACUCUCUGUGCGUAUUCCACGCGUACGGACCGUUCGACUGUCCCGAAGGUCGGCGACUGGAUCGACGACAAAAGUGGAUCGCCGUUGUUCCUACGCGCGCUCCGGAUCGACGGAAUCUUUCAAGAUUGAUGUACUAAGAAGACAAAUUAUGGUGGCAGAGUUUGUCGCCCGCCAGAGUGGAUCGCCCAUCAAUGGUGAGACCGCGUGUCUGAACAGCAACAUGCCGGCCACGCACACAAUGGCCCAUAGCGGCGGUCACGGUGCGCCCCACGGUGGGCCCCACGACGUCCACGGACCCUUAACGGUGCCCCUUACCACGCAUCCCGGCCAUCACGGCGGACCACCAACUGCGAUUCAGCAGCAGCAGCAGCAGCAUCAGCAUCAAUCGCAGCAGCAGCAGCAGCAGCAGCAACAGCCACUGCCGCCGCCGCCGCAGCAUUCGCCCCAACCGCCGCACCAUCAUCAUCACCACCACCAGGACCAGCAGCCGCAGCAACAGCAGCAGCAUCAUCACGACGGGCCGCAGGGGCAGCACCCGGACAACUACGGGCCCAACUUCGACAUACGGAAGGAGCUGUUCUCGCAGCGCAAGCAGCGCGAGUUCAUCCCGGACAACAAGAAGGACGACAGCUACUGGGACCGCCGCAGGCGCAACAACGAGGCGGCGAAGCGGUCGCGCGAGAAGCGCCGCUUCAACGACAUGGUCCUGGAGCAGCGGGUGAUGGAGCUCAGCAAGGAGAAUCACAUCCUCAAGGCGCAGCUCGAGGCGAUACGCGACAAGUUCGGGAUCUGCGGCGAGUCGGUCAUCAGCACGGAGCACGUGCUGGCCGCGCUGCCCUCCGAGCCGACGAUCAGCGUGAAGCGCGCGAAGCUACCGGCGUCGGCGGCGCUCCUCUACGCCCGCACCCCGAGCCCGGUGCACACGUCGGUGAUACAUCAGCCGGUUAGCGGCGCCCGCUCGCCGAGAUCGCCGGCCCAGCUCUACGUGCCCGAGACGACCGCCUAUCCGGAGACCGAGAGCUUCCAGUAUCCGUACUCGCACGCGGCGAUUCAUCACCUGGACACGACGAGCGCCCUGAACCUGUCGUCGCGCGGCCGCCGGGCGCAGUCGCCGUUCGAGCUGUCGUCGGGCAGCGGCGACGAGGCCGGCGGCCCGCAGAUAGGCGUCGUGGGCUCCCAAAACAACCCGGCCGCGAACAACAGCCUACCCCAUAAGCUCAGGCACAAGUCGCGCAUCGGCGACAAGGACGCCGCGAGCGCGCUCCUCGCGCUCCAGGGGAUCAAGCAGGAGCCCGGGCCGCGGGCAUCGCCGCCCUGGGACGAGGGCUCCAGCGACGAGCGCGACUCCGGGAUCUCGCUGGGCGCCGAGUGGACCGCGCCGACCACGGUCCCCACGGUCUCAGACGACCGGGAGGUCAAGAUGAAGCUGGACCGUCUCGCCUCCGAGGUCGCGUCCUUACAAUCGAUAUUCCGCCUUGGGAAACCCGUCGGCGCGGCGGUGGCGGCCGCGGCGGCGGACAGCCUGGUCACAGGUCACUCCGCCGCCACGGUCAACGGACCGUGAAGGACGCGGCCUCCCUCCUCUUCUGAGGAUCACUGAGAGUCCUCCCCCUCCUCCCUUCCUCCUGGCCGGAUGUCGGGAUCCUUGGAAAAUUGGGAGACACGGAGAGACGCCCGCCGUCCGGAGGAGGACGUCGUGGGCAAGGGCGACGGACCCUCGGACCGUCGCGAACAACCAAUUUGAUCGCGCCGAGCUGGACAUCGUGUUUGCGAUCGAGCGAGGAAAGGGGAUUCCCCCCGAAGAAAUACUUGGCGAUUAUUUUAAGGACGAAGAGAGAGUUUUUUUUUUCGCGUGCCGCGGUGCAACGCGAGCAGACCUGCGUGUAGUGAUCAACCUACGUUCGUCCGACUCGACGCUGAGGCAAGAGCAACCCUUGCGAUUACCGAUCGCCGGCGAUCUGCUCGUUGCGCAGCGGGUCAUCGAUAAUAACGGGCGGGAGAGACGCGGCUGCGUCUCCGCGAAAAACUUUAAUCCUUCGACCCGUGGGUCACGUUAUACCUCCCUCUCCCGGGACGCGCGAGGGUUUCUCUACCGAUGAAACUUUUACCCUUAUUGUGAUACGCGAGAGACGUCAGUUUGAAAAACGAAUCCCACCCUCGACGGGUUCGGCUAUCGGUCGAAGGGUUAAAGUCGUUCCUCCACUCUUGGUUCCGAGGCGAGGUGGAGUUAGGCGAUUAAGAGCCGACGCGAUACCUUUGUAGCCCUGUAAGUUAUGUUGUAAGACUCCCGUAGGCUAAUCGUUCUUCUAUUAUUACCAUUAUCGUUAGUGAGUGAGAGAGAGAGAGAGAGAGAGAGAGAGAGAGAGAGAGAGAGAGAGAGAGAGAGAGAGAGAGAGAGUGCUUUGUCGAUUCGAGCGUAUAUCGCGGCGCACCAAGGCAUCGCGAUCUGUAUUACAUGAAGUUUAAUUGUUACACGCGAGUUAUUCUCCCCCGAUUGACGAUUGGUCGCGCAACCGGCUAUCUCACUACCAUCGAAUGUCUCACAAUACGAUUCGUUCCCGCGUAGCGAGGCAGGGAUUAACUUCUUCCUUCUCCUCUUGUUCUUCUUUUUUUUCUUCUUCCUACACUUUCAUUAUCAUCGUCUCCUUCCUAUCUCUCGCGAUGACGACGUCUCGCGCAGCGGAGAGUUCCGAGGCGCAGCUUCCUCGAGUCACAAUUAUUUAUUCGCCCAGAACCGACCGAACCUUCGCGCACACCCGCGCGAUUAUUGUUGAACGUCGAGAACUUUCGGAAGCGAUGUCUACUUUGUUCAUUCCGAAUUCGCUCUUUUCUCCUUUUUUUUUUCUAUUUAUUGCUUCUUCCGAAAGCCAUUCCUGCAAAACCUGAACGAAGCUCCACGAAUCCCCGGGGUUGUCUUCUACCUUGUUUCUUCUUCGUACCUUCGGGGUUUCUUAGAUUCCAUCCGAAUCCGCGCUGGUCAAUCCUGGACUUAAAUCCCCGCGGAGGGUGAAAGGAAGAGUCCGCAUUCACACGCCAAAUUUUUCCUCGCGACUCUUGCGCGACUGUCCGUCGUCUCUCCUUUUUUUUUUUUUUUAUACUUUUGCUAUCUAAAUCCACGCUACGGUCAGUGUAGCGGCGAGUGUCUGUAUAUAUGUAUAUGUAGAGAGAAAGAAGAACGAAAGUACAUCUGUGUUACAAACGCCGGACGAGGAAAAAGAAAAAAAAAACGCUAAACUUUGAUGUAUGUACAAUACAAUCGCCGCGGAAAGUCCUCUCGGAAGGCGGAAUUUAGUGCGUAUUUCAAGUAUUAAGCGAGCCUAUAGGUAUAUGUAAUAUAUAUUUACAUAGCAUAUACUUGCAAGAAAUAUAUAUAUUAUACGCAUAUAUAUAUUUUUUUCAAAUUAAUGUAUUUUUCGAUAUCAUUGAAACGAGCUGUAAAACGCGUGGCACAACGCAGAUUUGUGCUCGAUUACGUGCCGUUGCAGAUUCCGAAGGUGGUGCGAGGAGUUAUGUAAUACGGUGAGGCAGAGAGAGAGAGAGAGAGACCAGUCGAUAUUGAAAUUGAGAUCGACCGGGGCCGCCGACCGUAAUCAAAGCGUGAUUUUUCUCGCGUGCGAGCGCGAGGAGAGAAAGGAAACAGAAGGAUAAAAUGAUAGUGGAACAAAAUCGGUGACGUGAAGAAAGAAAACCGGCGAUAUUUUGCUGAUCACUGUCCCCGCUAAUCGCGAUCAACCACAUUCGUUUCUACCACAUGUGAUACGCUAUAGAGCGAUAGAGAGAGAGAAAGAGAGAGAGAGAGAGAGAGAGAGAGAGAGAGGCGCGGAUCGACGUUAAUCCAAGAGCAACCGUAAUAGCGAAGAGGCAUCUCUAUUUAUUGUACACUAAUCGCCUAUCUGUUAUAUACGGCGGAGAGCGUGCGACGACGAGGACGAAAAAAAUUAGAGCUCAACUGCAGUGAGAGAACUUUCCCGCAGAAUUUAUUCGUAGGAUGUCAUAAAUAUGGCUUUCAAAGAAUUUCAUACAUGAUAACAAUAACAACAAUAACUUUAUUGUGUGUAUAAUAAUAAUAAAAUUAUAUUGCAGAAGGUUACAAAAUGCUACAAAACACAAAAUUAUUGCUCAAUCAAUAAUGCUGCUUGCAAACUUGACAUCAAAUUACUAAUAAAAAGUUAAAAGGCAACAUGAUGAUAAUGAAGUUCUUCAAAAUCCAUAUUGUCUCACUACCAUAAUUUGGAUAGUAAAUUCUAAAAGAAAAAUCUCCUCGCAAACGGCGUUUUGAAGUCCCCUCUCGCGAGACGAUCCGUUGCGUCCUCAGUGGACAGGAUCUCGUCUUUAUUCCUCUUGCCCCUCUGUAAUUUUUUACUUUACUCUUCCCGGCGUGAAUGUUCCAUAUAUUCUGUAAGAUUGUAAAUUCUGCGGUCAGCGUCAAUGAACAUGCAACAGUCUCGCGCGAAAGGAGACUUCGAACGCCGCUAAGACACCUCUUGAUCUUCCUACAGAAAAUAAGUUGUUCUUUCAUAUUAAGUAAAUAUAUUUUUUUAGUAUCAUUUUCUAUAUUUAAAUAAAUAUUAGCAAGCAUAAAAUAAUUUCCUUAUAUAUUACGAAAUAUUUCUUUAAAUGAUACUACAAAAUAUAUUCACUUAAUAUUAAAAAAGAAAUUUUUCAGCUCAACCGAGCGGAUGUAAUAUAAAAUGUGAAAUCCACGAUGUCGAUUAAAGCACUCAGAUACAACGUAAAUAAAGCAAUAAAACAUUUCGCAGUCAUCGUCGUCGUCGUCGUCGCCGAACUCCGACACACUGCAAAGGACGACGUUCGCCAGCAACACCGCCGCGUUUCGCUUGUCGCGUCGCUUGUAAAAUACCGAGAGUGCCUGUUGUAACGACGAAGUCACAGUGUGCGCUUCUCGCAAGAGAGAAGGAAACGAGGAUGCUGCACCACGUGUAAAUACGUUGUCUUCUAUUGUUAUAACUAACGAGCGCCCGCGAUUUUCGCAAUCAACGUCGACGACGAGGUCUCGACCACGGUUCCAGAUUUUUAACACGCUCUACAUAGACCCAGAUACACAACAAACCAAACAUACACACACCCCGAUUACUCGCGCAUCUUUGCCUCGCUCGCCCCGAAGACGGUCAACGAUAACGCGACACGAUCGUCGCGAGAGAGAGCCAAACACGUUACAAAUUUGUAUGUACAUAUAAACAAUCGCACCCCUUUUGCCAAAAAGCAGUUACGAGGACCGCCGGAGCGUCGGCCGGAGAAGGAACGACACCCUUUUCCUCCCCCUCGCACCUUCUUACCUUUUUCCUUCACUUCUACUCUCUCCUUUCCCUCCCCUUCCCAAUUGUGCCCCGCGAGAUCGUUCGCGCGCGUUUCGACUACAGUUCCUAUAUGCACUAUACUAACGGUAAAGCGACUUAGAGGCGAGGAUCGAUGACCCGUCGUCCGAUUUACGAUUUAAAAAGAAAACAAACCGUAAUUCCAACCAAUCGAAUAAGCUUGGUUCUCCUUUCUCCGGCUGCUCGGAGAUGCGAGUAUUUAGACUCUAAGGGACAUAUCCACAGCGCGUGUAGUGUACUUGUAUAUGAAUACCGAUAAAUAAAUAUUUUCAAUGUUUUUGACACAAGAA